CUGAUAUCGGGAUGUUCUUUGCUAGUCUGACCAUCUGGCUCGUCUGUAGAAACAUUGUUCAGAAACCAGUGACAGAAGAAGCAACACAAUGUAACCCGGAAUUUGAAAAUGAAGAAUUGGCUGGAAGAGAAAAAAUAGAUUCAGAAGAGGCCCUGAUCUCUGAAGAGGAUUUAGAUGGAGGAGACGGUGUUGAAGGUGACUUGGAAGAAAGCACAAGGUUAAAAAUGUUCCGCAGGCUUGCCUCUGUGGCCUCCAAGCUCAAGGAGUUUAUUGGCAACGUGAUAACCACCGCUGGAAGAGUCGUUGUGACCAUCUUACUGGGCUCUUCAGGUAUGAUGUUGCCAUCUUUGACAUCAUCUGUGUAUUUCUUUGUAUUUUUGGGUCUGUGCACCUGGUGGUCCUGGUGCCGGACGUUUGACCCGUUGCUGUUCAGCUGUCUCUGUGUUCUGCUGGCUAUUUUCACUGCUGGACACUUGAUUGGACUUUAUUUAUACCAGUUCCAAUUCUUUCAAGAAGCAGUUCCACCCAACGACUACUAUGCAAGGUUGUUCGGUAUCAAAUCAGUAAUUCAAACUGACUGUUCCAGUACUUGGAAGAUUAUAGUAAACCCGGAGCUGUCGUGGUAUCACCAUGCCAACCCCAUCCUCUUGCUGGUGAUGUACUACACGCUGGCCACCCUGAUCCGUAUCUGGCUACAAGAGCCCCUUGUGCAGGAUGAGAGGACCAAGGAAGAGGAUCGAGCCCUGGCUUGUAGCCCUAUCCAAAUGAUGGCCCAGCGGAGGCGGAGCCUGUGGUAUGCAACCCAUUACCCAACCGACGAGAGAAAACUCUUGUCCAUGACCCAGGAUGACUACAAACCAUCUGAUGGCCUGCUGGUGACUGUGAAUGGCAACCCCGUGGACUACCACACCAUCCACCCCAGCCUGCCCGUGGAGAACGGCCCCGCCAAAGGUGACCUGUAUGCCACCCCCCAGUACCGGUGGGAGCCCUGUGAGGACUCUGCAGAAAAGAAAGAGGAAGAGGAGGAUGAGAAAGAAGAACUUGAAGAGGAAAGGAGCCAUGAGGAAAAAAGAAGCAUUAAAGUCCAUGCCAUGGUCUCUGUGUUCCAGUUUAUUAUGAAACAAAGUUACAUCUGUGCCCUCAUUGCCAUGAUGGCUUGGAGCAUCACCUACCACAGCUGGUUGACUUUUGUGUUGUUGAUUUGGUCAUGCACUCUUUGGAUGAUUCGCAACAGGAGAAAAUAUGCCAUGAUCAGCUCUCCUUUCAUGGUUAUCUAUGGAAAUCUGUUGUUGGUAUUACAGUAUAUAUGGAGCUUUGAACUUCCUGAAAUUAAAAAGGUCCCGGGAUUUUUAGAAAAGAAAGAUCCAGGAGAACUUGCUUCAAAGAUUCUUUUCACUAUUACUUUCUGGCUACUGCUGAGGCAGCACCUCACAGAGCAAAAAGCCCUUCAAGAAAAGGAAGCUCUUUUAUCUGAAGUCAAAAUUGGAAGUCAGGAAAAUGAAGAAAAAGUUUUCUGUUUUGAAGAUGAGGAACUUGAAGAUAUACAAAUGGAAGGAGAGCCCAGAGAGAAGGAGGAGGAAGAGGAAGCCGAGGAAGAGAAGAAAGAGAGAAAGGAGGAGGGGAGAGAGGAAGAGGAAGCAGAAGCGGAAGAUGACCAGGAUGUCAUGAAAGUGCUGGGCAAUCUGGUGGUGGCUGUGUUCAUCAAGUACUGGAUCUAUGUCUGUGGAGGCAUGUUCUUCUUCGUCAGCUUCGAGGGUAAAAUUGUCAUGUACAAAAUCAUCUACAUGGUGCUCUUCCUGUUCUGUGUGGCCCUGUAUCAGGUGCACUAUGAAUGGUGGAGGAGAAUUCUAAAGUAUUUUUGGAUGUCUGUGGUUAUUUACACUAUGCUGGUGCUUAUCUUUAUAUACACGUAUCAGUUUGAAAACUUCCCUGGACUGUGGCAAAAUAUGACUGGAUUGAAAAAAGAAAAGCUGGAGGACCUGGGCUUAAAGCAGUUUACUGUAGCUGAGCUGUUCACUCGCAUAUUCAUCCCAACCUCCUUUCUGCUGGUGUGCAUCUUACACCUUCACUAUUUCCAUGACCAAUUCCUGGAGCUCACAGACCUCAAGUCCAUUCCUAACAAGGAAGACAACACCAUCUACAGCCAUGCCAAAGUCAAUGGCCGCGUAUAUCUAAUAAUCAAUAGACUGGCCCACCCCGAAGGCAGCCUUCCUGACCUCACCCUGUUGAACCUGACUGCCAGUUUGGAGAAGCCCGAGGGAUGCUCUGUAGAAGCCAAGAGGGGCGAUUUGGAGAAGCCCGAGGGAUGCUCUGUAGAAGCCAAGAGGGGCGAGUGUGGCAAAGACAGUGAGGAGUCGGAGGAGGACGGGGAGGAGGAGGAGGAGGAGGAGGACUCUGAGGAGGAGGAGGAAGCAUCAGAUUUAAGGAACAAAUGGCAUCUGGUGAUUGACCGCCUCACUGUGCUCUUCUUAAAAUUCCUGGAGUAUUUUCACAAAAUGCAGGUGUUCAUGUGGUGGAUUUUGGAGUUACACAUCAUCAAAAUUGUCUCAUCAUACAUUAUCUGGGUUUCUGUGAAAGAGGUGUCUCUGUUCAACUAUGUAUUUUUGAUUUCUUGGGCUUUUGCUCUGCCAUAUGCCAAGCUACGCCGUCUGGCUUCAAGUGUCUGCACUGUCUGGACGUGUGUGAUCAUCGUGUGCAAAAUGCUGUACCAACUCCAAACCAUUAAGCCUGAGAACUUUUCUGUUAACUGUUCCUUGAAUAAUCUCCUGAUGCUGGCUAUUCUGGCAUUUGAGGUUACAAUUUACCGCCAUCAGGAAUACUAUCGAGGGCGAAACAACCUUACAGCCCCUGUGUCUAAAACUAUCUUUCAUGACAUUACAAGACUACAUCUAGAUGAUGGACUUAUAAAUUGUGCCAAAUAUUUCAUAAACUACUUCUUCUACAAGUUUGGUCUGGAGACCUGUUUCCUAAUGUCAGUGAACGUAAUCGGCCAGCGAAUGGACUUCUACGCCAUGAUUCACGCCUGCUGGCUGAUCGCUGUCCUGUAUCGCCGCCGGAGGAAAGCCAUCGCUGAGGUUUGGCCCAAGUACUGCUGCUUCCUGGCGUGCGUCCUCACCUUCCAGUACUUCGUCUGCAUAGGCAUCCCGCCUGCUCCCUGCCGAGACUACCCGUGGAGGUUCAAGGGCGCCAGCUUCAACGACAACAUCAUCAAAUGGCUGUACUUCCCCGACUUCAUUGUGCGGCCCAACCCUGUGUUCCUCAUCUAUGACUUCAUGCUGCUUCUGUGUGCCUCCCUACAACGGCAGAUUUUUGAGGAUGAAAAUAAGGCUGCAGUGCGUAUCAUGGCAGGGGACAAUGUUGAAAUUUGCAUGAACCUUGAUGCGGCCUCAUUCAGCCAGCAUAACCCUGUACCGGACUUCAUUCACUGCAGGUCUUACUUAGACAUGUCCAAAGUGAUCAUCUUCAGCUACCUCUUCUGGUUCGUCCUUACUAUCAUCUUCAUUACCGGAACAACCAGGAUCAGCAUAUUCUGCAUGGGUUACUUGGUGGCCUGUUUCUAUUUCCUGCUCUUUGGAGGUGAUUUGCUAUUGAAACCCAUCAAGAGCAUCCUGCGCUAUUGGGACUGGCUGAUUGCAUACAACGUUUUUGUGAUUACAAUGAAAAAUAUACUGUCA